CGCGGCGCCGCCACCUUCCGGGCCGAGCGGCCUGGAUCCGGACCCCGACCCCGCCCGCGGCCGGCCGCGCGCCCCUCCCCGGCCGCCACCCCGCGGCCGGCGCACCAUGUGAAGGGCGGGCCGGUGCCCCAAGCGCGUGGAAGAUGGGGGAUGCUGCAGACCCCAGGGACGCGAGGAGGACGUUCAUUGUUCCGGCCAUCAAGCCCUUCGACCACUAUGACUUCUCCAGGGCCAAAAUCGCCUGCAAUUUGGCCUGGCUGGUGGCCAAGGCCUUCGGGACAGAAAACGUGCCCGAGGACCUUGGAGAACCGUUUUACACUGACCAGUAUGACCAGGAGCACAUCAAGCCUCCCGUGGUUAACUUGCUCCUGUCAGCCGAGCUGUACUGCCGCGCCGGGAGUCUUAUUCUCAAGAGCGACGCGGCCAAGCCCCUCCUGGGCCACGACGCUGUGAUCCAGGCCUUGGCGCAGAAAGGCCUCUAUGUCACCGACCAGGAGAAGCUGGUGACGGAACGUGAUCUCCACAAGAAACCCAUCCAGAUGAGCGCUCACGUGGCCAUGAUGGACGCCCUCAUGAUGGCUUACGCCGUGGAGAUGGUCAGCGUGGAGAGAGUGAUCGCCUGUGCCCAGCAGUACUCAGCUUUCUUCCAAGCCACGGACCUGCCGUACGACAUUGAGGACGCCGUCAUGUACUGGAUCAAUAAGGUAAAUGAGCAUUUGAAAGACAUAAUGGAACAAGAACAGAAAUUGAAAGAACACCACACAGUGGAAGCUCCAGGAGGUCAAAAGUCUGCUUCCCAAUGGUUUUGGAAACUGGUCCCAGCCCGUUACAGGAAGGAGCAGGCGUUGCUUAAGCAACUGCCUUGCAUCCCGCUGGUGGAAAACUUGCUGAAGGACGGUGCGGACGGCUGCGCCUUAGCUGCUCUCAUUCACUUUUACUGUCCUGAUGCUGUCAGGUUAGAGGAUAUUUGCUUGAAAGAAACCAUGUCUUUGGCUGACAGCCUGUAUAACCUGCAGCUGAUUCAGGAGUUCUGCCGAGAGUACCUGAACCAGUGCUGCCACUUCACCCUGGAAGACAUGCUCUACGCCGCUUCCUCCAUCAAGAGUAACUACUUGGUGUUCAUGGCCGAGCUCUUCUGGUGGUUCGAAGUCGUGAAGCCCUCCUUCGUCCAGCCGCGCGUGCUUCGUCCACACGGAGCAGAACCUGUGGAUGGUUUGCCAUCGGCCCCCGUGGCAAGCACCUCCCUGGACAGCUCUGGCCUCGCACCCAGUGGGGGAGGAGCCGCGUUGACACACUGGCGCCAUCCUUUGUCCUCUAGACGCUCGCGUCCCCAAGCUCACCCUUCAGCCUCAGGAGGAAUCCGACGGUCGUCAUCCAUGUCUUACGUUGAUGGCUUCAUAGGGACAUGGCCCAAGGAGAAAAGAUCAUCAGUGCAUGGAGUUUCGUUUGAUAUUUCCUUUGAUAAGGAGAAUACCGUGCAGCGGUCCACCCCAAACCGAGGAAUCACGCGUUCUAUUAGUAACGAAGGACUUAGUCUGAACAACAACCGUGUAGCUAAGAAUGUGAGGAAAAACCUGUCCUUCAAGCCAGUAAAUGGGGAGGAGGAAGCGGGAAGCAUCGAGGAGGAGCUUCACCUGGGCUCCCACGGUGACCUGACGUCGUACGCGCCCCUGAACACAGACGAGCUCAACUCCAACGAGAGCGCCUGCUACCGGCUCCCAAACGGAGCCUUACAGAACCGGGUGAUCCUGGACGAGUUUGGCAACCAGGUUGGCCCCCCGAGCAUCGAGGAAGCCCUGCAGAUCAUCCACGACACCGAGAAGCCCGCCCGCUCCCCCCAGCCAGGCCAGCUCGCCAACGGCUUCUUCCUGCACAGCCAGGAGCUGAGCAUCCUGAACUCCAACCUCCUGCUCAGGACCAGCCCCGAAAACAUGACCGACACCAAGGGGGCCUUGAGCCCCGUCACCGACACCACGGAGGUGGACACCGGCAUCCACGUCCCCUCGGAGGACAUUGCCGAGACCAUGGACGAGGACUCGUCCCUGAGAGACUACACCGUGAGCCUGGACUCGGACGUGGACGACGGGUCCAAACUGCCCCCGGACCACGAGGCGCCGGCCGGCCAGCCCAGGGAGGCCCCGAGCCCCUGCCCCAGCCCCGCCAGCACCAGGUCCCAGCCAGGCAGCAGCGCGUCCUCCGGCUCUGGCGUGAAGAUGACCAGCUUCGCCGAGCAGAAGUUCCGGAAGCUGAACCACGCCGACGGGAGGAGCAGCGGCAGCAGCUCGCAGAAGACGACGCCCGAGGGCUCGGAGCUGAACAUCCCGCACGUGGUGGCCUGGGCCCAGGGCCCCGAGGAGCCGAGCCCGGCACCCACCCGGGACACCACGCAGCUGCUGGCCUCGGAGAUGGUGCACCUGCGCAUGAAGCUGGAGGAGAAGCGGCGCGCCAUCGAAGCCCAGAAGAAGAAGGUGGAGGCCGCCUUCACGCGGCAGCGGCAGAAGAUGGGGAGGACGGCCUUUCUCACGGUCGUGAAGAAGAAAGGGGACGGGGCCGCCCCGCUCCGGGAGGAGGCCGCCGGCGCGGAGGACGACAAGGUGUUCACGGACCGCGCCAAGGACAGGGAGCCGCCGCAGGCGAGCGGCCAGAGGAGCAAGUCCCUGGCGGACAUCAAGGAGGGCGUGGAGAGCCCCGCGGGCCGGUGGCUGCGGUCGCCAACCACGCCCGGGGACCCCGAGAGGCCGUGGGGCCUGGCCAGCCCGUCGGAGGAGCCGGCGGCCGAGGGGGAGCUGCUGGAGUACACCCGCUCCAUCGAGAAGCUGAACGCCUCCCUGCACUUCCUGCAGCAGGAGAUGCAGCGCCUGUCACUGCAGCAGGAGCUGCUCAUGCAGAUGCGGGAGCAGCAGGCCUGGGCCGCCUCCCCGAACAAGCAGCCCCGGGACUGCAGGCCUCCCCGGCAGCCAGCUGACGCCCCCCGGCCCACCCACCCGUCCCCCCAGCCCUCUGGCAGGAAGGGCACAUCUUUCUCUGUGAAAAAUCAGAGGACUCCCAGGCCCAAUGACUUAAAAAUCACGCCUUUGAACCGAACGCUGACGCCGCCCCGGUCGGUGGACAGCCUCCCUCGGCUCCGGAGGUUCUCGCCCAGCCAGGUCCCCAUCCAGACGAGGUCCUUCGUGUGUCUGGGUGACGCAGGCGAACCUCAGGCGCAGGAGGCCAGGCCCAGGGAGGAGGCGAAGGAGGAGGGGGUGCCCACGGGGGCUGAGGGGCAGUGGGGCCGUGACCCUGAAGGCAAGGACACCCCACCUCCGCCCCCCGCGCCUCUGGAGGGCCCUGCCCCGAGCGGGGAGCAGGUGGAUCAGCCCGCAGAGCCUCCUCCAAGACCUGUUCUCCCAUCUGCAGCUGCUGCUCCUAAAAGCGUGAACCUGAUUGAAGUUUCCCUCUCAGAUCUGAAACCCCCUGAAAAGGCUGAUGUAUCUGUUGAAAAGUAUGACGGAGAAAGUGAUAAAGAACAAUUUGAUGAUGACCAGAAAGUAUGCUGUGGAUUCUUUUUUAAGGAUGAUCAAAAAGCAGAAAAUGAUAUGGCAAUGAAGCGAGCAGCUUUGUUGGAGAAACGAUUAAGAAGAGAAAAGGAGACUCAGCUUCGGAAACAGCAGCUGGAGGCGGAGAUGGAGCAUAAGAAAGAGGAGACCAGGCGGAAAACCGAGGAAGAGCGUCAGAAGAAGGAGGAUGAGAGGGCGCGCAGGGAGUUCAUCAGGCAGGAGUACAUGAGGCGGAAGCAGCUGAAACUCAUGGAAGACAUGGACACGGUGCUCAGACCCCGUCCUCAGGCGGCAAAGCAGAAGAGGCAGCGCCCCAAGUCUGUCCACAGAGACCACAUCGAGUCCCCCAAGACCCCCAGCAAGGGUCCUCCAGUCUCUAGCCUUUCCCUGGCUUCGCUGAACACGGGCGAUAACGAGAGCGUGCAGUCCGGCAAGGGGACCCCGAGGUCAGAGUCUGUGGAAGGCUUCCUCUCUCCAAGCCGCUGUGGGAGCCGGAACGGAGAGAAGGACUGGGAGAACGCGUCGACCACCUCCUCGGUGGCUUCGGGCACAGAGUACACGGGACCAAAGCUCUACAAAGAACCCAGUGCGAAGUCCAAUAAGCACAUCAUUCAGAAUGCUUUAGCCCAUUGCUGUUUGGCUGGGAAAGUCAACGAAGGUCAGAAGAAGAAAAUACUGGAGGAAAUGGAGAAGUCAGAUGCCAACAACUUCCUGAUCUUGUUCCGGGACUCAGGCUGCCAGUUCAGGUCUUUGUAUACUUACUGCCCAGAAACUGAGGAAAUUAAUAAGCUGACUGGGAUAGGCCCCAAAUCCAUCACGAAAAAGAUGAUCGAGGGGCUUUACAAGUAUAAUUCUGACCGGAAACAGUUUAGCCACAUACCUGCUAAAACAUUAUCCGCCAGCGUCGAUGCCAUCACCAUCCACAGCCACCUGUGGCAGAGCAAGAGGCCCGUGACGCCCAAGAAACUGCUCCCCACCAAAGCCUAGGCGCCGCCGUGGGGAGGGACCUGCUUCAGAACACUCGCCGUGAAUUUGCACUUCAUCUUUCCUGCCUGUAGAAAACCUUUCUAGUUGCCAACAGACUUGUACCAUUGAAACUGGACCCCCGGCUCCGUUGUCAUGACAACUGGAAUGUGGCGUCCCUGUGGAGCGCGGUGGGCACCCCAGGAGGGGGCCGAGGGCCAGCAGGGAGGCAUGUCUGCCCGGCUCUGGACCCGCUGAUGCUCCGACUUCUCGUGGACACUACUUGGACUGAGGGUUGAAAUACGGCUACGAUGACGGAUGAUGUGUUUUUCUUGUUGCCUUUUGUUUGUUUGUUUGUUUGUUUUUAUUUUAACUUUUUAACAUACAUGCUUGUCUUCAGGUGGUUUACUUUGCUAUUUUUCUCCCCGGGGGCUUGUUCCAAGACACCUUUGUGUUUUUGUUUCCUGUGGUGAUCAUGAGAGUAGGAAGUGGGCCUCAGGCAGAGGCAGCUCCGUCUUCCUGACGAUGCUGAGAACACUAGUGUUUCGUUGUACAGGGACCCGUCAGGUUUUAAUGGUGUCAGAGCCUUUGCCGGAGUUCCUCUGCUAAGUAUUAACGACCGUGUAUUUAUUAUCCCCUCAAGUGUUAAGGUUCCUCUGUGGGUGAGAGGAGGCGUUGUGAAGAGCUGCUAUAGGUUUGCUUAUUAAACCAUACGAGCUGAACCAAGAAGACACUUCAAAGAGGGUGCUGAUCAAAUCAGUGCUGUUUUGACACCACUUCUGGCCAACUCAGAAUAAUUUAGAUUGUUCUCUUAACAAAAAAGGCUUUCUGUCUCUUUUGAAUAAUGUCACUUUAUAAGCUGGCAGAAGUGAAUGACACUUUUGAGAGGAGUCUUUGAAUCGGAAGAUCUCAGACUUCCUGCCACAAGUUCUCAAGAGGUCUUUACAUUAUAUUUAUAACGGAUAGCAAAAUUAUAUUUAGAAUUUUUAAACAUGUACAAAGGGCUACAUUUUAAUUUUAAAAUGGCUUCACAUUAUUUUACUUAAAUAUUGAGUUCCUCUUCUUUUUUCAUCCUUUUCAAGUGGGACCGCUUAGAUUAAGUACACACUUGAAAUCUUCUCUCCAGGAGUGAUCGGUGUUCCUUGAACGAUGUGUACCAGAGGGUUAGUUGGGGAAAAACUUCAUUCUCAGGAAAAGACUUGAAUGAUCAUGUGACCCUGUUAUGUUUCAGUGUUGUGACAACUGUGUAAACUUAGAGGGAAAGACAGUAUUAUGUCAUAUCGGAGAUGCGUCGUUUGUUUUCUUUCACGGGAAGUAGAGACUAAAAUAUAUACAUUUCUCUAACCGAGUUGUUUAGAGAAAGACCUAAUAUCUCAUAUGGUGUAUUUACUUAUUUUAAAAAAAAGUAGGAAUGAGAUGUCCCUCCGCUGUACUUUUCUGUCAUUAAAAGGCCUUUUAGGCAUCAGUGUGUCUGGGUUACCCACCUUCUCUAAAAUGCUGUCAAUAUUUUACUGUAAUUUAUGUUCUUAUAUUUAUGUAUAUUUGUUAAAACUGUAAAAAAAAAAUUUUUUUUUUUUUUACAGAUUUUUCUCCAAUACCUGUGCAAGAUCCAUGUGUAGCUCCAAAUGAUUUGUGAUCCUACUGUUUGCAUGUAAGAGACCAGGAUGUGUAACUCUCCUAUUUUAAGUGUAUCCACACUGUGUAUAGAAUCUAGAGACCCCACCUGGGCGGUGCGCGCGUGUCUCGCCUCGCCUUUCGGGCCACCGUCGCUGUCACGGUUGGAGGAAAUGGUGAUGGAACACAGGCUUCACUUGCCCGACGAAGAACCGUACGUGACUCUAAUCCAAACGUGGUAACUAACAAUCAGAAUUAACAAGCAGUGGACGUUACUCAGUUUGUUCUUUUCAACCCAUUAAGUCUCCCUCCCCAAAGCACUCUUCUUUGCGGUUUCCUGGCCAUUACUUUUUUUUUUUUUUUUAAUUGGAUGCAAGACAACAGAGGAACUGUGUAAAACCAGACAGGACCCCCCCCCCCCCCGUUCCUCAAGUCACGUGUGUCCAAAGGCGAAUGUCCUUAAAUGUCUAAAGGUGGACUGUGACUAUUGCCACAAUAGUUCAAGGCUGUCGGUAUAGUAUUUUGCUUUAUUCCUGCAGAAGGACUAGGGAUGUAUUUCUUGGAGUCUGCAGGUUUUUUUAAAAAAAAAUUAUGUUUGGGAAAUUAUGUAAAUGAAAAUUAUGCUCUUUCAUGAAGUCUGGAGCUUUUUUCAUCCACCUUCCUGAAACACACUGGUGCUUCUCAUCCCUGGAGGUCAGAGUAUUAGGGGUCAUUUUUUCCGUUUGUUUGCCAAAUAUCUGUCCUGGUCACCAGUGCGGCCCGUCAGAGUUUGCUGUCUGACGCGGCUUUGGAAAGCUUUUCCUUCCUCUCGGCUUUUCAGUUUUGUUCGAGAAUGACUGUUACAGUUUUUAUUUGGCUGUUUCAAGCCAGAUCCAGCUUUUUCAGUGUGGUUUCAUGGACACUCUGGGCGAUGUCCAGCGUAUGGUUUGCUUACCGGCCACUCCAGAGCAUUGCUUACCGGUUUUUUAAGAUGCUAUGCUGUAAAAUACCGUCAGAUUUGCUAUUUCCUGGUACCGUGUGGUGGUUCCCCUUUCAUGAAUAAAAGCAUGGCACCAAAUGA